CAUACAGUCAUACCUCAGCACAAAACGACGCCAUUUUGAAAGUUUCUUCUAUAUUUUUCCCCACAGGCACAGAAGCGCCUCUAAACUUCCGUUUCUAAAUUCCAAUGGCGCCCCUCCUCCCCGGCCGGCUCCUCAUCUUCUUCUCCGUCGCCGCCGCGAUAUUCCUAUUUUGCCCUCUCCGCUCGGCCGCCAUCUCCAUCCACGAUCUCCUGAAGUCGCAGGGCUUGCCUGCCGGACUCUUCCCCAAGGAAGUGAAGAACUACACGCUGUCGGAGGAUGGGGUUCUGGAGGUGUUCCUCGACGGCCCCUGCCUCACAAAGUUCGAUACCAUGGCGUUCUACGAGAGCGUGGUGAGAGCUAAUCUCUCCCACGGCGGCCUCUCCGGCGUCCAAGGCUUCUCGCAGGAGGAGCUCUUCGUCUGGCUGCCGGUGAAAGGAGUAAUCGUCGACGAUCCUGCCUCCGGCCUCAUCUUCAUUGAUAUCGGCUUGGCUCACAAGCAGCUCUCCCUCUCGCUCUUCGAAGAUCCGCCGGAUUGCAAAAACGACGAGGUUACAGGUGUAUUAGAGGAAGCUGGGGAAGAAGAAGAGAGAUUCGAAGAUGCAUAAAGAGAGAAAUAUAUGUUUUUAAGGAAUGCAACCUCGUUUGGUGUUCUUAUAUAUCAUAGUCUUAUCCUAGUAUAUAUGAGUAUAACCGUGAAUCUAUUACUUUGAUUCACGAUUUAAUCUGUGUAUUUUUGAGUAAUGCAUGGAUAAAAUUUUAGUAUUAGGUAAUGUUGUAUUAGUUAGAAAUGUAAAGAUAUCGGGAACAACAACAGUUUUCAGUUUUAUUAAAAGUAUUAUUAUAUGUUGGCUUUACUAGUAA